UCAACAGAGUCGCCCUGUCCCAGGUAGGAAAUGGCAGCAGCGACAAUCUCUGUAGAACAGGACCAGUUCAGCUGUUCUGUGUGCCUGGAGGUCCUGAGAGACCCAGUGACCAUCCCAUGCGGACACAGCUACUGCCUGGGCUGCAUCGAGGACUACUGGAACAGAACCAAGCAGAAGGGCCAGUACAGCUGCCCUCAGUGCAGGCAGGUGUUCAGCCCGAAACCUCAGCUAAACAGGAACACUGUGCUGGGCGAGCUGGUGGAGAAGUUGGUGCAGAGUGGACUUCAAGAGCCAGCAGGACCUCCAGUUUCCACGGAAGAGGUGAAAUGUGGAGUUUGUACUGGCAAGAAAAGCAACGCCGUGACGUCUUGCGUCACGUGCACGGAGUCUUACUGCGCGGCUCACCUGCGGGCUCACGACGAGCGCUUCCGUGGGCGCGGCCACAGCCUGGUUCCGGCCGCAGUCGGACAAACGACAACUAAACGUUCUAAAGAGAAGUUAUGUCCUUAUCACCACAAAGUAGUGAGGAGCUACUGCCGAGUGGACCAUGAGGGCGCAUGCUCGCGGUGUGUGAAAAGUCAACACAAGGGUCAUGAGGUCGUGCAACUGGUGGACGAGCGUACAGAACAACAGAGAAAACUCCAAGAAGCAUCUUUGAAGUGCGAGCAGAACCUAAAGGAUGCGGAGAAGGAGCUACGAUAUGUUGUCAGAUACAUUAAACACGCCACUGAGGCGGCAGUGGAGGAAAGCGAGAGGAUCUUCUCCAAGCUUAUCCGCACCAUUGAGAAGCAUAGGAGCGACGUGAAGGAGAUGAUCCGAGGCCGUGAGCGGGUGGCCCUCACUCAGGCCGAGCAGCUUCUGGAGAAGGUGGAGCGUGAGAUGACAGAGUUAAGGAGGGGCGAGGCGGAGCUGGAGAAGCUCUCUCGGAUGGAUGACCAUCUCCACUUCCUUCAGAAGUGCAGAUCCCUUCAUUUCCCAUCCAAGAGGGUGCAGACUCCCAACACGGACACAUUUCCCUACUUGAUGUAUAAAAGCAUCAGAGGUGGCCUGGCCGAGCUGAGGGACAGUCUGGAUGAAAGCCUCCAGAGAGAAUUUAACAGAAUCUCAGAUAAAGUGUUUUCACUAAAGGAAACAAGCAAUCCAAAUCCCUCAGAAAAGACCAAAGUAACUCUAGAUUCUCACAUACUAUAUGACUCAGAACCAAAGACCAGAGAAGAAUUUCUACACUAUACCCAAGAUUUAACACUGGACCUCAACACCGCCAACCCAUACCUGAGCUUGUCCGAGGGCCACAGAGCGGUGACCACACGCUCCGAGCCCCAGCCAUACCCCGAGCACCCUGACCGCUUCACCAGCUGGGCUCAGGUACUGUGUCGCGCCGGUAUGGCGGGCCGCUGCUACUGGGAGGUGGAGUGGGCCGGUAAGGGUGGGGCUUCUGUGGGCGUUUGCUACAGAAGCAUGAGCAGGAGCGGUGGCGGCAGCGACAGCAAACUGGGCCACAACUCCAAAUCCUGGAGCCUGGACUGCACGCACGGCGGGUGUAUGUUUCGGCACGACAAGCACAGCGUUAGCUUGGCCAUACCAUGUGGCAACAGGAUAGGAGUGUAUCUGAACUUUAGGGGUGGUGUUUUGUCCUUCUACAACGUGUCUGAUAGCAUGGUUCACCUUCACAGUGUCCAGACUACGUUCAGCCAGCCUGUGUAUCCAGGAUUUUGGGUGGGUUUGGGGUCUACUUUGAAGUUGUGUUCCCUGUAAAGACUUAGGCCACAGUAUUAGUUACACCUGCACAGUGUAACGAGAUGCCUUGAGGUGCUUAUCCAAAUUUGGAUUGUCCUACUCUGACUUGACCUCAGACUGUGCAGGUCUGCCUAUUGUCAUAGCCAGUGCUAAUAUGAAGAGGCCAAAUAAGGCAGAAGUUGCUCAGGGAUUUUUUUAAAUUUUAAUUAUAUGUACCAAUAAGCAGCAUUUUGUUCAUAUCUUAUUGAAGGCAGCAACGUCGACACUUUGGACCUGUAAGAGUGAGCAAAACUCAGUGCAUGUUUGCUAGAUUUUGUAUUUCAAAGCAGUUUUCUACAUUAAAUAAAUGAAAGAUUUUUGCACUCAAAAACUUUGUGUUUUAUUUUAUUUGUUUUUGUACUCACAUAGUCCUCAAACUUGGUGAUCUCCUCCUCCAAGAUGUCUGUACCCACUUUGUCGUCCUCCACCACACAGUUGAUCUGCAGCUUUUUGAUGCCAUAGCCCACUGGCACCAGCUUGGAAGCCCCCCACAGGAGCCCGUCCAUCUGCACCGAACGCACGCACUCCUCCAGCUUAGUCAUGUCUGUCUCGUCGUCCCACUGAAAGAACAAAAAAUGUAAGCUGGCUACUAAACGUAGACUACUAAAACAGUAGAGCAGUGUUACUUACAGGCUUGACGUCCAAUAAGAUUGACGACUUGGCGAUCAAGACAGGCUUCUUAGCCUUCUUGGCGGCAUACGCCUCUAUGCGUUCCUGCUUGAGGCGAGCCGCCUCCUCAUCUUCGUCAUCAGUACCGAACAGGUCAAUAUCAUCGUCGUCAUCGCAAUUCUCUUCCACCACAACUUUUUUGGCUGGGGCAACCUGAAUGAGCUCGGCCUAGUUGGAGAAAAAAAGAUUAAAGAGGCGACAGACGUAAAUAGAAGUGUUUCUCCCCUUGCCUUCUUCUACCUUGACUGCGGGUACAGUGGCUGGUGCAGGGGUCUUCUCCAGCUGAGCCACUCUGGACUCCAGUUUCUGCAGGGCGGCCCUCAUGUCCCCCACCACUGAAACAAAGCAUCUCAGUUAGCUUGUCAUGCAAACAUAAAAGUUUAAAUGUGCUAACCUUUGUGCAAAGUCUGGUUCUCCAAUUCCAGGCUCUUCAUGCGUGCAAUCAGGUCCUGGUCUCCAGCUGAAUGUGAGGAAGACUGGAAGGA